AUGCUCAGGCGGCUCCUGCCGUAUGCUUCCCAUGUACGACGGUUCAAAGAAGCCUAUUGGCUUCUGUGCGAUUGGUAGGUGAAAAAAAAGUGUCUUCUUGAUAAAGGGAACAACACGAGUAGAAUCAGCGUUUCGGAAAAUUAUCUCUCAAAAGUUUGGAAGCUUUUCCAUCAAGCAAGUGAAAAUAGCGUAGCUACUUUAUAAAGCUCAAGUUUAUUUGAGGCUUGAAACAUCCAUAAUAGGAACAUGGAAUGAAAUAAGGAAGAGACAGAGAGAAGAUUCACCCAGAUGGCUUUUUGCCUCUAAAAAUGUUCACCUUUUUAAAAUCACUUGAGCAAAUCAAAAAAAAAAAAUCGAUUUUACGUUCGGAGAUUUUCCUUUUUGAGUCAGUAUAGGAUUGAGAAAGAAAGACAGAGAAUUGAUAGUUGAUAGAGAACUUACGAGAGAAAGACAUCCUUGACAUUCGACAAAAAUUAAAAAUCGCAUCAUGAGCACGAAAUUCAGCUUACAAGUAAUGUCAUUUUUCUUUACGGUUGGGAGUGUUAUAAAAAAUGGCCAUUUUCGGGGUAAUCCUGAUGGUUUCAACUUGCAUAACCUUCUAGUUUUUGAGAAAAAUCACCUCAAAACCAAAAAAUCGUUCAAAAUCUGUAAAAAUAGGUUUCGAGCCCUUAUUUCCCAUAAACAAGAACAUUGUGCAAGUUAAACCUCUCAGAAUCCUUCAAGUAAGAGAUCAUUUGGUUACCUUUAUUUUAUUAGAAGAACGUGUUACUUAAUUUUACUGACCCUCCAACUUGAAGCCUCCACAACGAAGUUUGGGACAACGUCGAUGGCUGCGACUACAUUUCCGAGUCAACAGGAAGACCCAACCACGGCAAGCCGUCCUGUUGAUUCCAGCGUUUGUUCAUUAUUUACUUUCGAUUCCGUUCACGAACUGAUUCUGAGUUAAACUGGGGUUUUUUCAGGACACUCGAAAAGAUCAACUCAGGAAUGAGUUGAUAAAAUGUGAAAAAAAAAUCCUUACCCGGCUGGCGAACACUGGGUUCGUUCUAGGAACUUUUUUUAUUAAUCAACUAGAUUUUCAAAAUUCUUAGAAAAAUGAUUAUGGCAUGUUCUUCGGACAAUAUGAAUGUUGUUCCGAAACGCAACAAAAUUGUUCCAAAAAAAAAAUUACUACUGUUUUGGAGCAACUUUGGUGCGCCGAAGAAGACUUUUUUCGUUUCGAAGCAUGUUCCAUUUGUCCAAUGAAGAAGCCAAGAAAAACUGUAUCCACAGUCCAAAGAAAUUAUAUGAUAAAGAACUGCGUUUAUUACUCUCAGCUUUUUUUUUUAUCUAUCUUUUCGUGGUCAAACGCGGAAAACCUAUCGAAACCGGUCGUAAUACGUUUAAAAAAAAUUCCAGCACUUGUCCUGAUGGCAACCGUUGGCCCAUGAUUCUUCUUAGCGCAAGUCUAAUAGUUCUUCUGAUAACAAACGUCGCCUCAAUGAUAUACAUCUGGAAAAUAAGAAGAAGUUUGUUUUUUUCUGAUCUUUUUCCACUUCAAAGAACGAACUUUGCCAGAAAACAAAAUUGAGCUUGAGUCGAAGUGCCGAAAUUUCAAAAUAAUUUUUUUCUUUUCGCACCCGACCGCCCAUGGCUUUUUCAGAGAGUUGUGAUUAUGAAGUUUCGUGUCUGCGAUCUCUUUUCUCUUGCUGGAGAAACGCCGGCGACAAAAAAGAGAGCGCAGACAAGCGAUGCUUUCUUUGAAAUUUAAUGACUUGCCUGCUUUCACAAGUUUAAUUUUUUUUCUUUUCGUGAAGGUAUUCAAGCCGUGACCCCGAACGAGCCGGUCGCCGAGGCAAAAACACCGCAAAUUAACGAAAAAGUCGCCACUGUCGACCGCGUAGCCACAAAAUCAACAAAACGCAAUCAGCCAGGAGACCAAAAAAGAUGUAUACGUAAGAAAAAGAAAAUGACGCCAGAGCACAUCGAAUACAUCAAAAAUAUUCAAGUUUGAAAGAUUAACACAAUCGAAAUGAUAAUCUUUUCAUUUUUAGAGAGCUGAAAAAGAAGACGCUUCGUCAGGAAAAUUCAAGAAACGUGGGCCAAUUGUUAUACCGAAGUCGCCUACCGUCUCCGAGGUACCAUUAUUUUUAUUUUUAUUUUCGAGAUAGUAAAAAUAUCUUAGGCUCAGGCUUUUUUGUCCAACUUUUUAUAAUAACUCUGACUUUUGAAGCUUGCUUCGAGAGCAGACGAAGAGACGAACACACCCCUUCAUAAUGUAAUAUACGACCCGUCGGAUAACGAGGUGUUCGAUAUUGGAACCCAGGUCGACGAAAUUGAGGUAAAGGAAAAUUUUUUUUUUUUGAUAGGCCUAAUUGGUUCCAGUCCUUAAAAAAAAACGAUAGAUUCGGUGCAAAGGGCCUCAAAAACUAGUGGUUCUCUUUUGAACAUGAAGACCCAGCCGCAGGCUGCCUCGAAUGAUAGUGAAGUCGCCAAAAAAUCGUCGGUAUGUCUCAGAAAUUAA